AAAGAGACGAGUUUUAAAGCUGGUGCCUCUUGGGUUGUGUGAGGGCUCUGCUCGCCUCCCAAACAACCACAGAACCACAGACGUGCGGCUCGGGCUUGGUGUUUGAGGGCGACCCGGAGUGUAAAUGGUUAAUCGUCGCGGGCCAGCACCAGUCACAAGGACGGCGCUAAGCGAGACGUGUCAAGGGUCACGGAAACCGCAGAGGAACGAAAGUGGGGAUUGCUGCAACCAGAGGCAGCUAUGGCAUCUAACAGCCUCUUCAGCACAGUGACACCAUGUCAACAAAACUUCUUCUGGGAUCCCAGCGCCAGUCGGAGGUUCAGUCCGCCGUCCAACAGCCUCCAGCCGGUCCCAGGAAAGAUGAACGACGUGAGCUCUCCAGCCGGGCAGCCGGACGCAGCGGCCGCGGUGCCAAGACUGCGUCCCCACGAAAACCGCAGCAUGGCCGAGAUCAUCGCCGACCACCCGGCCGAGCUGGUCCGGACCGACAGCCCCAACUUCCUCUGCUCGGUGCUGCCCUCCCACUGGCGGUGCAACAAGACGCUGCCUGUCGCCUUCAAGGUGGUUGCCCUGGGAGACAUAACUGACGGGACCGUUGUCACGGUCAUGGCGGGCAAUGACGAGAACUACUCCGCCGAGCUGCGGAACGCCUCGGGCGUGAUGAAGAACCAGGUGGCGCGCUUCAACGACCUUCGCUUCGUGGGCCGCAGUGGCAGAGGCAAGAGCUUCAUGCUGACAAUCACAGUAUUCACCAACCCGCCACAAGUGGCCACUUACCACCGAGCCAUAAAGGUCACCGUGGAUGGACCGCGUGAGCCCAGGAGACAUCGUCAGAAACUUGAGGACCCUCCCAAAGCUGGUCUUUUUUCAGACCGCCUUAGUGAGCUUGAGAGGAUGAGGGUGAGGGUGGCCAUUCCCACUCAAGGGCCCCGGCCACCUCUCAACACAGGGCCCAACUCCUUCAACCAGGGACAGACGCAGAUAACAGACCCUCGUCAGUCCCAGUCCUCUCCUCCCUGGUCGUACGAACAGACGUACCCGUCCUACCUGAGUCCCAUGGCGUCCCCCUCAGUCCACUCCACCACCCCCCUCUCCUCCAGCCGAGGCACGGGUCUGCCCGCCAUCAGCGACGUGCCUAGACGAUUGCCAGGUUCCUCCGACCUGAGCCCGUUCCCCGGUCAGUUCGAGCGUCAGUUCGCGGGCCUCCCCCCUCUCACGGAGACCCGCUUCUCCAGCCCUCGGAUGCACUACCCGGGCACCUUCACCUACACCCCGCCCGUCACCUCCGCCAUGUCGCUGGGCAGCGCCCACUACCACACCUACCUUCCCCCUCCUUACCCGGGCUCCGCCCAGAGCCAGAGCGGACCCUUCCAGACCAGCAGCACGCCCUAUCUCUACUACGGCGCCUCGUCCGGCUCGUACCAGUUCUCCAUGGUUCCCGGCGGGGAUCGCUCGCCCUCCCGGAUGAUCCCGCCUUGCACUAGCGCCUCCACGGGCACCUCCCUGGUGAACCCCAACCUGCCCAGCCAGACGGAGGGAGGGGUGGACGGCGACGGGAGCCACAGUAACUCCCCGACCGUUCUCAACCCCGGAGGCCGUAUGGAUGAGGCUGUCUGGAGGCCAUAUUGAAGAAAACCAACGGGGCGGAGAUCGGAAGUCAACUGAUGUUGUGGUUUGAAAGCACAAAACCUUUUUUUUUUCUUUUUUUUUUAUUGAAAAGGGGAUUUUUGAGCUCUCAUCAGCUAUCUCUGCUUUUUACUUGGAAAUUAAGGUAGAGAUAAAAAGAAGAAGAAAAACAGACUCGUACGGACUUGUCUUCCUGGAAUGUGUUUUGACCAAGACACUACAAAGGGAGUCAUUCUCACAGCAAUAAUGAGAGAGACAUUUCUGGUUUACUAGGCCCAAGUGGAUGAGACAUUAUUUCAGUUUUAUUAUAAUCCACAAGCUAAGGGAUGCUUCAAACAAUAUUUGUAAAAGACUGCCUCUUUUGUAUAGUGUUUGUAUUUCAAUAAGGCUUUUUGCAGAGCAUGUUUUUGUACUACGACAAUAUCAAGAUGCAAGUUAGGCACUGAGUAGCAAGUGAUGAGAGUAACACAUAUGUUACCUUCAGUGGUAUGGACAGUAAAUUUGCUUUAAACCAAUUAAUUUAACUUGUAUAUUGUGGGUGAAACGUUGAUGUAGAUUAAGGCGUUUUCUUAGUUUUAACUUAUAAAGCCAUAAAUUAUGUAUUGUAUUUGAAACUUGAGUCAAAGAAGUGUAAUCUGAAUAUUUUUGAUGCAUCUAUAUGACUUAAGUUAAAAUGAUUUUUUUUUUUUUUGAUUGGUAAUUUAAGAGAGUGAGAGGUUUAAUCUUUUUUUUCGUAGUACCCAAAGAUUUAAAUCGUUUCGAAUAUGAAAUGUAAUAUCCAAAGAGUAUUGCGACAUGUUUCUUCUGGUGUAACCUUCACUUCAACUGCUCCACACGUCAAGAGCCCGACGUCCUCGCUAGGCGUUCACACACAUUUGGCAUUUAUUGAGCAAUAACUGGUGUUGUGCCUCUUGGCAGCAUACCUUGAAAGAGAGAAAAAAAAUAAUGAUUAUCCGUCAGGGAAAUUCAGCUUGAUUUCUUUGGUUUGUCUAGUCUGACAUGUGCACAGAUAUUUGUGUAUUUUAUUGUCCAAAUAAGAAAUGGUACGUUUACACAUGUAGCCCAAAGAUUAUUCUGUCAACACACCUAGUCGGCGCUCCGAGUGCGCUCCAAAGCAGCCGGUCAGACUUUAAGGUUCACUUAUUUUACGAUACAUCAACUCAGGACUGGAAUAAUCCCUGGAUGAUCUCAAAUUCCAUCUUUUUUUUUUUUUCCGUAUCCAGUCCGGCUGAAUCCUCUGUCAAGGUUAUCGGGAAAACAUGCCAAUAUCAUGUGCAAGAGAUGGCUUUGAAAAAGUUUGUCUUAGUGUGUGACACACACGCGGGUACUUUCUUUGUUUGUUCCUUUUGCUUUUUGUUCUCUUUCAGUCUCUGAGACUGGAAAGGAAAUAUCACAGCUAAAGACAAAAGAGACUGUGACAUUCCUUCUCACAAUUAUUUAUUUCCCCUUCUUUUAUUUUAUUCUUUUGCUUUUGCCGACAUGGUUUUCCUGAUAGAUGUGUAUCAUCCACACUCACCAGUGUCACAAUCUAAAAAGGACCAGUAUGAAAGGAGGUCUGAUAUUUUCCCUUUUUUUUUAUUUAGGAGUUGAAGUUAAAGGAAAAAGUGCAAAAAAUAAAACAGAAGUGAUUGGAUGCAGCUGCUGGCAGCAAACUGGUAACCAAAAAAUAUGGGAGACUUGUGUAUGUUUGUUUCAUAAAGCACUUAUUUCUUGUUUUAUUUCUAGCAGCACUUGCGUCGGGCUGCCAGCAGGGCUCGUGGUUUUGGUCCUCAGUGCCGAUUUAACGCAACUGGAGUCACACACACACACACACACACAAUGGAUAACACUUGGCCAAACAAGCCAUUUUACAUUGGAGUUGAAUCUGAUCUCACAAGGCAGUUGGUAUUUGUUUGAAAAGAAAGCGUUUGCCUUGCUUUCAUACAGUAUGCUAUUCAGUGCAUGAAGGUAAUAUAAUAACCCAAUUUGAAAAGCUGAGAAAAACACGGCCCUGUCCAAGACUUCAAGCUUUUCAUUGAAGGUUUGCACGCAGUGCCUCUCUUCCAGUCUCUGCAGAGGAUGUUGUGAACUCACUUAAUGGAAUUGAACAUGUCACACUACAUUUCCCCAACUGCCCCAGCCCAAGCGAAGUCUCUCUUUUUUUUUUUUUUGCUGUUACAGUGUAACAUAAGAGAGCAAAUAAAAAGCUUUUAGAUUGUCGUGAUUUUAUAGCUUUUCUUCCCCGUUACAAAUGUAUUCAGUGUCUCCAUAGUAACUAUGCACAUCUGUUGGAAUUUAUUUAAUCUGCUUUUUUUCUUUCCAAACUUUGAACAGGAAAUGGUCUUUUGAAAACUGUUUACACAUCAACGCAGCACUGACAUCCCACGUUGUCCUCAUCUGCUUUUGUUUGUGUUUUGUUUCUUCUUCUUCAGUAAACAAGGUUCAUCCCUUCUUCUUCUUUUUCUUUCCUUUGGUUAAAUGUUGCGUACAAACCUUGUAUUAUUUAAUGAUCAACAUGUAUGAUGUCCAGGAACCAUACCGUACCCUGCUCUUAUGUAAAGUUUACUUCUUAUGUCUUUUGUUGUGCUUCUUCUCUCAUGAACUGUCAGGAAAAUGAAAUUAAUGGAGACUCCAUUAGUAGCUGGUACGUUUCAUAAAGAUCAUCAAGUGAGUUUUUUGUUGUUGUUUUUUUUUUUAAAGGGACAAACAGACCUGACAACAGUGAGUGAAAUUGGCAUUGUGAUUGUACAUUUUGUUUAUUUUAAGAAUAAAAUAGGA